ACUCCGCACCCGUGGGAUCGGGGUGACGGGCGCAGCACCGCCCGAGGGAGCGCAGCCGCGGACACCCCGGGACCGCGCGGGGGGAUGCGGCGCUCCCAGACCCCGCACCACAGACAGAUGCCAUCUAGAGCUCGGAUUUCUCCCACCUUCCCUGCGCUGCGAUCCGCCGCCGUCGGGAGGAGAUGCGACUUGAGAUCGAGAUGGACAAGCGUUUAAUUCCCGGCUGUGCUUAGGAUCUGGCCAAGAAACGACAUCGGUGCACACGGGGCUGCCUCUGCCUCCUGCCCACAGCCGCCGGGGAGAGCCCUUCUUGCCACCAGCAGGUCUGGUCCCUCUGCUGUGACCAUGGAAAAUACUUCUCUCCCUGAGCCCAAUUCGUCAUGUGUGGCUGGGCACACAGACUGUACAAGGAGAGGAGAUGUGGAGCUGAGUAUUCCCACUCCCCCACCAAGCCCCAGCUCCUACAUCACGAUGCCUGUCAUCUAUUCCAUCAUCUGUGCUGUGGGACUGACAGGUAACACUGCUGUCAUCUAUGUAAUCCUCAAAGCCCCGAAGAUGAAGACAGUCACCAACAUCUUCAUCCUCAAUUUAGCCAUUGCUGAUGAGCUUUUUACCUUGGUGCUGCCUAUCAACAUUGCUGACUACCUGCUCCUACAAUGGCCAUUUGGAGAGUUCAUGUGCAAGCUCAUCAUCUCCAUAGACCAGUACAACAUUUUCUCCAGCAUCUACUUCCUCACCGUUAUGAGUGUUGACCGCUACCUUGUUGUAGCGGCCACCACCAAGUCCAGGAAGAUGUCUUACCGCACCUACCGAGCUGCCAAGAUUGUAAGCCUCUGCAUCUGGUCCUUCGUCACAGUCAUCAUCCUGCCUUUCACUGUCUUUGCUAAGGUACACAAGGAGCAGGGGCGCUCCCAGUGUGUUUUCGUGUUCCCUCAUCCUGAAAGCGUGUGGUGGAAAGGCAGUCGGAUCUACACCCUUAUCUUAGGCUUUGCUAUCCCAGUGUCCACCAUCUGCAUCCUCUAUACCAUCAUGUUGUGCAGAUUGAGACGUGUGCAUCUUCAUAGCAAUGCAAAAGCCCUGGAUAAAGCAAAAAAAAAAGUGACACUGAUGGUGGUUAUCAUCCUGGCUGUGUGUCUGCUCUGCUGGACACCCUAUCACCUUAGCACAGUGGUCGCCCUCACCACAGACAUCCCACAAACUCCUCAGAUUGUUGGGAUUUCCUACUUCAUCACUAGUCUGAGUUAUGCCAACAGCUGUUUCAACCCUUUCUUGUACGCCUUUCUGGAUGACAGUUUCCGGAGGAGCUUUCGCAAACUGAUGGACUGCAGAACCACCUCAUAGAGCCAACACGAUACUCCAUCUUGUGUGUCCUUCUCACUGUUGUCUGCUCUUCCUGAGGGUCUCGAGCCCAGAGAGUGCUUUUGCUCCAGCCUCCCUGUGGUGGUCCACAGUGCUUCAGACUGUCUCACUGACCAAAAUACAAACUGGGGACAGAUGGGUCAUUCUCAACUUUCUAGCACCUAUUUCCUCAGCAUUGCUUUCUGUUUCUUUGCCUAGCGUUUGUUUUUCCCCUUCUCUCUAAUGCGCUUUCUGUCCUAACGUGGUAGCUCACACAGCUGCAGCAGAUCCCUUUUCCUUUUAAAAUUUAUUGCCUUGUGAGCUUAAGACACAUGACUGUCACUGGAGAUUUAGAAAGCCAAAUAAAGGUGUGUUGUUAAAUGUCUUGAUUAAUGAUUCCUCAGCCUCCUUCAUGUCCUCCUUGCCUGCUUACCAAAACUCUCACAAAGUUACCAGCACUGAAAAAGACACAGCUCCAAAGAAUAAACAAUAAACCAAGGCACUGGGUAGGGAAUAAACCAAGGGAAAAAAAAAAAAAAACAAGACACUGAGAUUAUUUCACUUCAUAGGAAAAUGAGAGAAUGUAACACAAACCCAUGAGAACAGACAAGAAUGACUUUGGCCUGGCAUUAGGAAUGAGCAAUCCAUCACUGACCAAUAAAAUAGCUAGAUGUGGGUUUAGAACUCCCUGUGGAAAAUAGGGUAGUUCACAGCUGUAUUUUCAGCUUUUUCUUUUUUUUUUUCUCCAGAAUUGAUCAUAUAUUUAUGGACAAUCACCUUUUUGCACGUAAUUUUACUUUGGUCCUAUAAAAUGAAGAUACUUUUAAUACAAAUUGGCCCUACUGUAGUGUGGGGAAGAUUCUGACUUCUUCCCUACAAAUGCUAAAUGAGUACAUCUUAGAUUACUUCUAACAGUAAGGAGGAGGGAAGAAAGGAUCAGUGGAAAUUUCACUAGCAUUCACACGUCUACACAUUGAGUGAAGAGGCUUUUUUCUCUUUUGUCCUAUGUUAGCCCUUCAAGGAAAACUGAAUAAAAAUAUGAAA